AUGUUGACAUCAUCCUCCGCCACGAACAGCUCCUACUCCUCCAGCGUCUCAUCCUCGGAUCCUCAUCUUCCCUAUCAAUACCCUCAGCCUAUGUCCACCCUCUCUUUGGGCUCCCAGCAUCCUCGCCGCAACCCGAUGUCUGCCAAAUAUCCUCGCUACUACUCUUCACCAGUGGACGAUGGCUCCGAGACCCCGCUGCAGAUCUACGGUUACGAGCAGCGCGAACCCUCGAUCUAUGAGAAGCCCAAGCUCAUGCGCAGGGUCUCUCACGCCCUCGGCAAUAUUCAAGAAGAUUUCUCUCUGCAGUUGGAUGCCCGUUCUACCGCCAACAAGAUCAAGCGCCGGUCAACUCUGAUGCUGGACGGUAACAUGAUGGCUCCUCGUCCGGAAACUGCAGACAGCCCGAUGCCUCCGCGGUCGCGCCCGAUGUCCAUCAUGUCGGCGUCCUUACCGCAGCGCGGCCUCAGUCGUCGCUUGUCGCGGCGUCUGUCGAUCUUCUCGGGCCGGAGCAAGUCUUCAAUGGGCUCGAAGUCGGCCAGCAUUUCGUCGCCGAAUCUGAUCGGUUCGUCUACUCAGUACGAAGAACGCAACCAGGCCAGUUUCAUUUAA